AUGUUCGACUGUUGGAGGCUCAUCCUUUGCAAGAAAACGGGAAGCAACGCCGAUGCUUCUUCUGCGCAAGGGUCCCAGGAGGCCGAAGCGGAAGACAGCGACCCUCGGGUGGAUGUCCCUGAUGUCAUCAGGCUUGUUCCAGACCCGCUGGAGGGGCCACCCCCGCCCGCAGAUGAGAUCAUGCACCACGACAUCAGCCCGCUCUGCGCCGCCGACAUCCGGGACCAGCUGCAGAAGCGCUUCGCUUACCUGUCGGGCGGGCGGGGCCAGGACGGCAGCCCAGUCAUCACCUUUCCCGACUACCCGGCCUUUGGUGACGUCCCGGACCAGGACUUCCAGAAUGUCAUGACCUACCUCACCAGCAUCCCCAGCCUGCAGGACGCUGGCAUCGGGUUCAUCCUGGUUAUAGACCGCAGGCAGGACAGAUGGACCUCAGUCAAGGCGUCCAUCCUGAGAAUAGCGGCGUCCUUCCCCGCAAACCUGCAGCUUGUCCUCGUCCUGCGGCCAGCCGGGUUCUUCCAGAGGACGCUCUCCGAGCUCGCCUUCAGGUUCAACAGAGAUGACUUUAAGAUGAAGGUGCCGGUCAUAAUGCUGAGCUCCGUGCCAGAACUACACGGCUACAUCGACAAGUCCCAGCUGACGGAGGACCUGGGCGGGACGCUGGCCUACUGCCACUCCAGGUGGCUCUGCCAUCGCACAGCCAUCGAGAGCUUCGCCCUCCUGGUCAAGCAGACAGCGCAGAUGCUGCAGGCCUUUGGGACCGAGCUUGCUGAGACGGAGCUGCCCAAUGACGUGCAGUCCACGAGCUCCGUGCUCCUCGCCCACACCGAGAAGAAGGACAGAGCCAAGGAGGACAUGAGGCUGGCGCUUGUCGAGGGGCGGCGCGUCCUUGAGAGCAUCCGGGAGCCGCUGGCGCAGAGCCCCAACCAGGACCAGCUGGACAGUCAGAGCACUGUGCAGAGGCUCCUGGCCCAGCUGAACGAGACCGAGGUCGCCUUUGACGAGUUUUGGGCAAAACAUCAGCAAAAACUAGAGCAGUGCCUGCAGCUCCGGCAUUUCGAGCAGGACUUCCGAGAGGUCAAAGCCGCCCUGGACGUGCUGGCCCAGAAGGUCACGACCUUCACUGAUGUGGGCAACAGCUUGGCGCAUGUGCAGCACCUCCUGAAGGACCUGGCCGGCUUCGAGGAGAAGUCCAGUGCUGCCGUGCAGCGGGCCCGCGCACUGUCCCAGGAGGGCGAGCGGCUCAUCGGCCACAAGCACUACGCCGUGGACUCCAUCCGCCCCAAGUGCCAUGAGCUCCGCCACCUGUGUGACCAGUUCGCGGCCGACCUGGAGCGGAGGAGGGGGCUGCUGGGCAAGUCGCUGGAGCUGCACGGCCUCCUGGAGGCGUCCAUGAAGUGGUGUGAUGAGGGCAUCUACCUGCUGGCGUCACAGCCCGUGGACAAGUGCCAGUCCCAGGAUGGUGCGGAGGCCGCUCUCCAGGAGCUUGAGAGGUUUCUGGAGACGGGGGCAGAAAGUAAGAUCCAGGAGCUCAGCAAGAUCUUCCAGGACUACGAGCCCAUCCUCACCAAAGACCUGCUGGAGCAUGUGCAGAGAGUCUUCCAGAAGCAGGAGAGCGUGGAGGAGAUGUUCCACCGCAGGCAGGCCAGCCUCAAGAAGCUGGCAGCCAAGCAGACACGGCCUGUGCAGCCCGUGGCCCCCCGGCCGGAGGCGCUCACCAAGUCGCCCUGCCCCUCCCCAGGCAUCCGGAGGGGUUCUGAGAACCACAGUUCCGAGAGCAGUGCGCUCCGGAGGGGGCCCUACAGGAGGGCCAAGAGUGAGGUGAGCGAGGGCCGGCAGGGCCGCGGCAGCUCCACGGGGGACGAGGAGAGCCUGGCCGUCCUGCGGAGGCAUGUGAUGAAGGAGCUUCUGGACACAGAGCGGGUCUACGUGGAGGAGCUGCUGUGCGUCUUGGAGGGCUAUGCUGCGGAGAUGGACAACCCUUUAAUGACUCAUCUCAUCUCGACUGGCCUUCAGAACAAGAAGGAUAUCCUGUUUGGAAACAUGGAAGAAAUUUACCACUUUCAUAACAGGAUAUUCCUGAGGGAUCUGGAGAACUACACGGACUGCCCGGAGCUGGUCGGCAGGUGCUUUCUAGAGCGGAUGGAGGAGUUCCAGAUCUACGAGCAGUACUGUCAGAACAAGCCGCGCUCUGAGAGCCUGUGGAGGCAGUGCUCCGACUGCCCCUUCUUCCAGGAGUGCCAGAAGAAGCUGGACCACAAGCUGAGCCUGGACUCCUACCUGCUGAAGCCGGUCCAGAGGAUCACCAAGUACCAGCUGCUGCUCAAGGAGAUGCUGAAAUACAGCAAGAGCUGUGAGGGCGCCGAGGACUUGCAAGAGGCCCUGAGCUCCAUCCUGGGCAUCCUCAAGGCCGUGAAUGACUCCAUGCACCUGAUCGCCAUCACUGGCUACGAGGGGAACCUGAGCGACCUGGGGAGGCUGCUCAUGCAGGGCUCCUUCAGCGUGUGGACUGACCACAAGAGGGGCCACGCCAAGGUGAAGGACCUGGCCCGCUUCAAGCCCAUGCAGCGCCACCUGUUCCUGCACGAGAAGGCCGUGCUAUUCUGCAAGCGGCGGGAGGAGAACGGUGAGGGCUACGAGAAGGCGCCCUCCUACAGCUACAAGCAGUCGCUGAACAUGACAGCCGUCGGCAUCACGGAGAACGUGAAAGGUGAUGCAAAGAAGUUCGAGAUCUGGUACAACGCCAGGGAGGAGGUGUACAUCAUCCAGGCACCCACUCCCGAAAUCAAGGCAGCCUGGGUGAGCGAGAUUCGGAAGGUGCUGACCAGCCAGCUGCAGGCAUGCAGAGAGACCAGCCAGCGCCGCGCCCUCGAGCAGCCCCAGAGCCUGCCCCUGCCCGCGCCGGCCAGCGCCAGUCCCUUGAAAGGGAGCACAAGAAACAUCAAAAAGUUAGAAGAAAGAAAAAUGGACCCGCUGAGCCUGGAGGGAUACGGGGGGUCGACGCCACUGCCGAGGGCCCCCGAAAAGGGCAAAGAUGACGUGGUCACUAGCUCUACCUCAGAAAGCUCUGCCCUUUCCAAAAAGCGCUUCACCCUGCAGAGCUUUGCUGCCCUCAAAGCCCAGAAAGCGUCUCCCACCAGUCCCGACAAAAAAGCUAAGCGACACCAAGUAAAGAGCGACCCCACGCCUUUUGGGUUACGAGGCUGGAGCAAGACGUCCCACCCAUCAGAGACGCCUGAGGACAACGACGGCUGGUCGAGCACCGAGGAGCCAGUCAACUCCUCGGACGCGGAGGAGGAGGGCAGAGUGGGGCCCGGGAAGCUGGUCCCCGGGAGGUACACCGUCGCCAGGCUGGACGAGAAGGGCGUCCCCGACAUGCUGGCCCUGAGAAGUGGGGACGAGGUGGAGCUGGUGCAGGAGGGAGAUGAGGGCCUCUGGUGCGUGCGGAACCUGAGCUCCGGCGCCGAGGGCUGGGUGCCCGCCCACAGCCUGUCUGCGCUCCUCUGCCAGGGCGGUCCCAUGGGGUGCCUGAGCAGCCCAGAGUCCAGCGCGGGGUCCGUGGCGCUGAGCCCCUCGUCCAGCUGCAGCGAGAGCUGCGCGGCCGCCGUCGCCGACCUGCGGGGGUAG